AUGAAACCCAUGCAUCAGUUCCCUCUCCCUAAGGACACCACCAUCACCGCCCUCCUGAAUAUGUCCGUGGACAUGGAGCGUUGUGUCGAACAACAGAUCAAGAAUCUUCUUAAAUUUGCAAAUGAACACGAAAUGAGUCCAGUACGGGAAUUUGCUCGUGAAAUUCUGGUUUGGCAUACCGAAUGUACUGCCCAUCUGGUUCGUCACCUGCAGGGCAUAAAGGCCAGUGAAUCGGCUUACCUCUAUGACCGAAUGACAAUGCAACCUCUAGUUGAAAGAUACGAGCGAUACCAUAGGUUUUGCGAUUCCCACUACUAA